CACGUUUCAAUUAAUAAAUCCUUUCUUUACUUUAAUCAAUCUUUUGUGCCCUGAUUUUUUUUAUUUAUAUUUAUUCUUUCCCCUUUUUACUCUGAUUUUAUAAAUUAUCAAACUUUUCUUCUUCUUUCCCUUUCCUUUUUCUCUCUCUCUCUUUUUUGUUCUAUUCCCCUUUUUUUCAUUCAAUCCUUUUUUUUUUCACAUGUUGGCUUGUCCUCAAGAUUUAUUUUUUCAUAAUGGCAAUUACCAAAAAGUAAUUCAUAAUCAAGCACUUUUGAUGGACAAAGACAAAAAAAUAAAACAGAGAAAAGAUUCAAUGAAAGAAUUUGAUCUCCAUGGUAAUGAUCUGUCAAGCAGUGCUGGUCUUAAAGACAAAGAAGAACAAGUUUGGCCACCGGAUGUUGAGUCUGCCUUUAUUGAAGCACUCGAAUCAAUUCCUAAAUUGGGAAGAAGAAAAAUACUUGUCAAUGGCAAACCCUGUGGUCGCAAUGAAUUAAUUUCGGAUUAUAUUUAUCGCAAAACAUGCAAAGUCAGGACAAGAAAGCAAGUCUCUUCUCAUAUUCAAGUCUUGAAAAAUACUCGUAAAGGCGAUUCUCACUUCAUGCGUCUUUUGACAGAUUCUGUUGAUGUGGAUGAUAGCAAUGCCACUACUAACAGCACUACAGCCAAUACUAGCAGAAACAAUUUGAAAAGACCCAGAAACACCAUGCAUCAUCACCACCAUCACCAUGCUCGCCCUCAUCGUUCUCACCCAUACCAUCAUCCAGGCAAGGCAAUGCUGAAUAACCCUAAAUACCUUCAAGAUUCCUCUGAUGAAUCUUCUAUCAACUCAUCACCUUCACCUACUGACUAUGUGUUUGAUAUUAUGUAUGGUGAUCCUUCCCAACAACAAGCACUCUCUAUGCUUCAAUUCAAAGACUUUUAUGACCCCUUUCAACAAUCAGUAUUCAAUCAUGAUAUGGUUAGCCAGAACUUGGAUGCACUUAACUUGGAUACAAAGCUUAUCACUGACCCUUUCUUUGGUUCAGAAAACAUGUUCAGUUCAAAUGAUUUCUUUACGUCUAAUAUGCUAAACCCAUUAGAAGACAAUGAUGCAUUAGUUCCCAACACUUUGACAGAAGAAGAGAUGCUUAUGAAUAGCCUUACAAUGUUGACAAAUAAGACAAAGGCACCUCGCAUGAAAUCAAUCAAGAGAAAUGCUGAGGAUAGCAAUGAUAUGGAAUAUGCUCUCUGGCCUAACUAUUUAUGCUUGUACCUUGAAUACGCUUUACCUUAUGAUCCUGCAUGCCGUGUCCUAUCGCAUAAUCUAUCCCAACUGCCUCAUUGCCACUCAAACUCAUUAAUGAAUUCAUCGUGUUCUGAUGCAAUUGCCAAGGAAAAAUGCCCUCCUAUUACUUCUCUCACACAAGACUCGGACCCUUAUGCUUUAUUGUUGGCCAAGACCAAGCUCGACUUGAACCUAAGCAUCUCUGAUUUUACAUUUAAUAAUACUUCGUUUUUUGAAACACAAACACGUCGUACGAUUGAAUGUACUACCACUAUCUACUCUUUUGGCAAUGUGGUACUUGAAUCUAAAGAAGUCCAACAAGCACUUUGGGUUAAUGAAGGCAAAUAUAUGUACAGCUUCGUGUUUGUCAAUCAAUUCUUUGAUGCCUUUAUGAAGGGUAUCCGGUCUCUUCAAUCUUGGGAUGAAGUGGAUAUUGCCAUCAAUAAUUUAUGUAUUGUUCAGUCGUUCAAUGAUAUGGACACAACUCAAUCUUCAUCACCUUUAUUGGUCAUGAUCUAUGAAUUCGAAAGAGGCGAUGGUACUAUGGAAGUGAUCAAUAUUGAAAAGAAACAUACCAAAGCUGAACCAGAGGGUUCGCUUGAAUUUUUGGACCAUGAUAUCUAAUUCUACUAUACAUCUUUUCUUUCUUAAUUAUAUACCCAAAAACACACGCUCUCACAUAUAUAUAUGUAUUUACAACCAUUUUGACUUUAUUGCUUUGACUAGCUUAUAAAGACAUACAUAUAUAUAUAUAUACAUAUUAAUGGCAUUUCCUCCUUUUUUUAUUUAUUUAUUUAUUUAUUUC